CGAUCCGUACACGCCGGGAUCCAGUGUUCGACCAGAAUUAUCCUUACUGGAAAGACAAUCGUGAAAUCGAGGGAUUUUACACGAUUUCGAGGCGAACAACAAAUGGAAUCGUUAGGAAGAAUCGACGAGCCGGACGACAGAAGCUGCCGUUCGGACGACUCGAACAGCGAGAUCUUCAAGAAUGUACCGAAGAACAGCAGCACGUUUCGCGUAUGGAAGAUCGAGGGUUUACGUGUGGCAGCCGUCACCGGAAGUAAUAUGGGAUAUUUCCUCUCGGAGCUCGCGUACAUUAUCUAUGCUGUGUCGCCGAAGGACGGUCCACUCCCGUAUCCUGGGAUGCCGGUGAAGGACCUGAAAUCGUCCCCGGCGGUCCGUGUCAUUCAUUUUUGGAUCGGUUCCGCGUGCGACUCGACGAUUUCCGGCGCGGCGGCCCUACGAGCAGCGGAACUGGACUCCCAGAUAUCGGCCACGAUACUUCUGAGGGAAGCACAAGGCCGUGAAAGUCCGCGAUUCCUGGCGUAUUUCCGGCAGCAGAGGCUCGUUGUCGAAAACUUUCAUUUCGAGACACCGUCUUGCACGUUGCACCGGGUCACCGGUGUCGCGAUCCCCGCGGUAACGGAACUCGAAAAAGUCCACUGGGACCAUUUCAGCUCGCGCGAUGUUAUUCUGGUCGACGUACUGUCCAAAGGCGUGAUCUUCCUCUGGUUAGGAUCGUUGUCGGAUCCGCUGCACAAACGACACGCGGUGACCAUUCUGGAAACGAAAAAGGAGAACAAUAAUGGCCGCGUGGUUAUCGUUGAGGAUGGCUACGAGCAAACGCUGCCCGACGACGACAGAAAACUGUUCGCCAGCAUUUUGGAACCGACCACCAGGGUCGUUAAACCGGAUCGUCCUCACAGAGUCGAUACACCGAGUCCGGUCAAGCUGUACAGAUGUAGCGAACAGUCUGGUAAAUACAAGGUGGCGGAGCUGAAGUCUGGACCGAUUCUUCGAUCCGAUCUGACCUCCGAAUCGGUGUACUUGAUUGAUCGCGGUGAGGCGGGCGUCUGGGCGUGGGUUGGACACGAUGUUAACGCCCGCGAAAAGCUCGAGGCUGUCCGUAACGCGCGUGGAUUUGUCAAAAAGAAGAACUACAGCAACGGCGUGUCCGUUGGGAGAGCAAUCGAGGCCCACGAGCCCACGGAAAUGAAGGCUCUGGUUAGAGGAUGGGAGCCGUCGAGAACCAGACCGCUCACCCUACCGCCCAACUUCGAACCUGAUUAUAUGAACGAAAGACCGAGAAUGGCUGCCGAGUGCCAACUGGUGGACGAUGGAUCCGGCGAGAUGACACUGUGGCGGGUCACCCAGAAAGAAGGCACGGUCCAGAUACAGGACAAAGGGAUAUACUACGCGGAAGCCUGUUACGUGAUGUGUUACAAGUACGGACAGGGCCGCAGAAGCAAAACCAUAGUUUACUGUUGGGAGGGAGUUCAUUCUAUAAAGGUGGACAGAGAGGCUGCUCUGGAAAGUGCUUGUCGGUUAUCGGAAGAUAGCUCCGCUCAGUUGGUUAAAGCCUGUCAGGGUCGAGAGCCACCUCAUCUGCUUCAGAUUUAUGAUGGAAAAUUAAAGAUACUAGCUGGAAGACAUCGGGACUCUUCGCCAGAAAAAUAUCUUGUCAGAGUUUUCGGAUCAACGCCUUAUACGUCGAAAGCGGUUGAGCGUCCUUUGAGAUCCAGCAGCCUCGAUUCUAGCGGUGUUUUCAUCCUGUUCUCCGAUAUGCCUGUAGUUUGGUGCGGCGGUAGAAGUACUGGCGAUGCUCGGCAAGCGUCCCGACGACUUGCACCUAGAAAUGCGUCUUUGAUGAUUGAGAAUAAAGAGGAUAAUGAUUUCUGGGCGGAACUCGGAGGUAAAGGUACUUAUGGUACGGAAACCAUCGACAUCGGGGAAGAGCUUGAAAGGCAUUUGUAUCAGUGUGUCACAGAAGGUGACACGUUUGUUGGCGAAGAGGUUCUUGGAUUUGGACAGAACUGCCUCCUUCCAGAGUCCAUUUGGUUGCUAGAUGCUGGAAAUGUAAUAUGGAUCUGGAUUGGUAAAUCAUCGACGCCUAAAUCAUUAAGAGAAUGCGUCAACGACGCCAUGGUGUUUCUGUACACUCACCCAACUAGUCGAGAUAGAAAUACAACAAUAUCUGUGAUUAAGCAAGGCGCUGAGCCUUCAACAUUCAUUGGACUCUUUGAAAAUUGGAAUCACAAUUUAUUAAGAGACUAUAAAUCGUUCGAUACAUAUUACACACUGUUGCAAGACAAAGAACCCGUAACAAAAAUACAAACGUCAUCGAAGUCAUCAAGUGAUUUCGAUAGUUACUUGAAAUAUCCUCUUUCGGUAUUAAAAAACGAUCCAGAAAAUUUACCAUCCGGCGUUGACGUUGCGCGCAAAGAGAUGCACCUCACCUUCGAUAAUUUCAUUGCCAUUUUCAAAAUGGAACCCGACGAAUUUGUGAAACUGCCUCCUUGGAAAAGGCAAAGACUCAAACAGUCUGCGGGUCUUUUUUAACUUACAGAUCUCCGUCUUCUUAUAAUAAAGUAUGUAUGAUAGUCAUUAUAAUAUAAU